AUGUCGGCAGCCCAGACUGCGGACGAGAUGAAGGACAUCCUGCGACAUUUCGAGCAACUGGAGAAGGAAUUGGAGGACGCCUGGAGCAAAUUCUGUGAUCUCGCCGCGGAGAUCAAGGACGCCUGGUCGAAGCACUUCGCGCAA